AUGAUUGCUUCUCCGAAUGUUCCAUUCUUUGUUAACAGAACCUACUUUCCUAAAGGACUCCUGGGAGAGUUACAGCAAAUGCUGCCCAAAGUUGCAGCACGGAACAGGGCGCUAUCUUGGCUCGCCCUCCUCGGUGUGGUCUUGGCCCUAUCUAGCGGCAGUGUUUGCGUCCACUCCUCGAGCCUGCCUCCUUGGGCGUGCGACGGGAAGGAAGGCUUCGUACAGCAAUGCGGGAAGUGUGUAGCAGACUCCCAGUGUGAAAGCGGUCUAUUCUGCUGCCCCACUCUGAGAGUUUGCAUGCGCACUCGAUCAGACCGAUGCCGCAAACCUUACAACGUAUGCAGGAGCACGUACAGAAUGCGCAGGCCUGAGUACGCAGACGAGAUCACUUGGGCAAGGGAGUGUGAAGGUCCGGGCCUUGUAGAAUGGAUGGAAUGCCCAUAA